GGAGAGCCAGCUGGAAAGCGAGUGAGCGGCAGAGGGAGAUAUCAGCGACUUCUCCGUGGAAAUGCCACAUAAAUAAGCUGCGACCGUCUGGACGAGCUAAGCAAUGCGGAAUUCCCGGACUGUUUCCCAAGGCUGCUUGGAAUCGUGGAAAGGGACAGAAGCGUUAUCCUAAGCGCUCCUCACUUGCUUUUGCAUCGGGCAUCAGUCCAAUUAGUUAUUACGGCCUGAAGUAAUUACACAGAAAAGCUAAAACAGCUGAUAUAAUGGAAUAUUAACCUGCAUUUCAGCUGCAAUAUUCAAAUUAGAUUUUCUCAUCCUGAAAGAUUUUAUCAAGAGAUCGAGCACUGCAGCUACUAUGACGGUUUCGCUUUUCACACCAACCAUGGACUUCACGCCAAGAUGCCGAUCUACCGACGCACAGGUUACACUUCGCUAUCUUCCUGGCUUGAGUGCUACAGAUUAGAAAGUAAAAGCUUGUUCCUACAUUAACUUUAAAAAACGGAGUAAGCUUUUCAUGAAUAAAUAAAAUCUAACCGCGAGAAUUUGUAGAGAAUAUGGACGCUGGGCAAAGGUGGAUUAUUUGACUAAUCUCAAAAUGUUCACUGUGCUAUUGCUCUUUUAGUACAGUCUUGCUUGGGGUGAAAUGAAGUUUGUUAUAAUGUCUCCACUUGAAGACAUUAGUUUAAGUAUCUAAAUACGAAACAUCAGCAGCACGUGCAUUUUCUAUGAUUGGUGUGCUUCCCUGGCUGAAGGAUGAGCACGGACCUAGAACGCAUGUCUCUGAACUCCUCUUCUGUGGGGUCUCUGGGGUCAGCGGGACGAUCGCUCUCGGCCAACGUUAGGAAAUUGCACAAUGCACUGAACCUCUUGCUCAGCGACUUUGAGAGGGAACAGUUUAUUCAUUGCCUCAACAUUUACCACUCCAAAAGGAAUGUAUUUGACCUCGUACAGACGUUAAAAGUCAUACUGAAUACCCCAAGCAAAAAACAACUGCUCCCCAUGUUGCGGCUGGUUAUUCCCAGGUCCGACCAGCUUCUUUUUGAUCAGUACACUUCGGAAGGCCUCUACCUGAAAUCUGAUCUGCUGCCCAGUAAUGGAAACCCCGGAGAGCCGCUGCCGGCGGUUACCAGCACGCACGUCCAGCCUGCCCACUCGCCAGUUUUAGUUCAGCCGCACAGAGGCUCGCCGGACAGCUUCAGCACUUGUAGCGACGGGACAGCUCCCAUUAGUGAGAUUCGACAAGUGUGCCUCAAACGUCACAAGAGCAAUGAAGGUCUUGGUUUUAGCAUCCGAGGAGGCUCUGAGCACCGGGUUGGAAUUUACGUGUCUCUUGUGGAACCGGGAUCUCUGGCCGAAAAAGAAGGACUCCGAGUCGGAGAUCAGAUUCUAAAAGUGAACGACAAAGUGCUCGAGGGGGUCACUCAUGCGGAGGCUGUCAAGGUUCUGAAGGGCUCCAAGAAGCUGUCCUUGUCUGUCAGGUCAGUUGGACGAAUCCCAGGAGGAUAUGUGACCAAUCAUGUGUACACGUGGGUUGAUCCCCAGGGCCGAAGUGUGUCACCGCCAGCAGAUCUCAUUGAACACCACAGUGCCUCAUUGAGGAGGUCUAACAGUGAGCGACGAAGCAACUUACAUCUCCUUCAGGAUGGAGAUGAGAAAAAGGUGAACCUGGUUCUGGAUAAUGGUCGCUCCCUUGGUCUGAUGAUCCGGGGUGGGGCAGAGUAUUCUCUAGGAAUCUACAUUACAGGAGUAGACAGAGGGUCUGCUGCUGACUGUGGAGGGCUCAAGGUUGGGGAUCAGAUUCUUGAAGUGAAUGGACGCAGUUUUUUUAAUAUUCCUCACGAUGAAGCUGUAAGCAUCCUCAAGUCCUCAAGACAUCUGAUGAUGACAAUAAAGGAUGUGGGCCGACUGCCGCAUUCUAGGACCAUCGUAGAUGAGACCAAGUGGAUCUCAAGUUGUGACACAGAUAGCUCUUCUACUAGCAGUGUGAUGGGAUUGCCACUGGAACAUCCUUCGGUUACACCUGCUAAGGCAGUAUUCUACAGAGGAGUGGCCGGAUCUCAAGUGACACUGUCCAGCCUUAUUAACCAGUCACGUGUUAUGUUGGAGGAGCAGGCCAGACAUCUUCUCAAUGAACAGGAGCGCCAGACCAUGGCCUACUACUUGGAUGAGUACAAAGAUAGUCACAUUGGCAUUGAGGCCCUCGUGAUGGCACUGUUUGAGCUGUUCAACACUCAUGCCAAGUUUUCACUGCUGUCGGAUGUGCGAGGUCUAGUACUGCCCAAGGACCUGGAUCGCUUUGAUAGCUUGGUCUUGAAGAGAGAGAUUGAUUCCCUGAAAGCACGACAGAAUGUUAACUUGGAGACUGGUGCUGAUUCCUACUCUGUGGCAUCACAUGCUGACACCCUGACCUCCACGGGUACUUACUUAACAUCCACAACGCUCAGCUCUGCUCGGAAUGACAGCAUGCUUGAUGGAGCCAGUGAUUGCCCACAGGAGACUGUUGACAGCCUGCCCGAUAUUUCCUUGGAUGACGUCCAGUCAUACAUUGAAGCUCCCCCCCCUUUCAAACCCCCACCACCCCCACUGGUCACCUCCAGCAUUCUCCAACGACGACCAAGCCAGAAGGAGCAGUCCAAAAGGUCAUCAUCGGAGUCUUCGCAGUCAGGACUCUUCUUCACUGCACCUCACAACCACAGUCCCAGUGCUUCCCCCAAGAGUGAGAGCCCUUCCAUUUAUACAGUAUCCAGCAGUGGGGACUCCCUAGUCAGUAUAGCUCAUGGCAAAAGGGAACUGACUGCCCAGCUGUCUCUGAUACACCAGCAUCCUAUUGGACCAUUUCCUCGUGUCCAGUCCCCCAGCCAAGUUAAACCACUGCCUUCUUCCUCUUCUCGCUCACCCAGUCCUCCUCCAGCUCCAUCUCAUCCAGCUCCUGCCCCACCCAGCCCUGACAGACCAUUGCCACACUCAUCUCCCAUCUCCUCUGCAACCAAUCAGCAUUUCGUCAUGGUGGAGGUGCAUCGCCCAAAUAGUGAGCCAGACGUCAAUGAAGUCAGACCUCUGCCACAGCCUAGAGCUGCAACGUUAUCUCAGCUGUCAGACAGUGGGCAGACCCUUAGUGAGGACAGCGGAGUGGACAUUGGAGAAGCAGCAGUCAACAGCAAAGACAACAGUCCCUUGCCUGUGAAGAAUCGGGGCAGCAGCAGCAGCAGCAAACAGAGUGGGAGUGUGGAGGCUAAGUCAGAGCCAACACUCAAACCUCCUGGCUUGUUGGAUCCCACUUCAACACUGAUACGAGUGAUGAAGUCAGCCUCUACACUUGGCAUUGCCAUUGAAGGUGGAGCCAACACACGCCAACCAUUGCCUCGUGUGGUAACCAUUCAGAGAGGUGGAUCAGCACAUGCCUGUGGCAAAUUGAAGGUGGGUCAUGUCAUCCUGGAGGUGAACGGUGUCUCACUACGUGGGAAGGAACACAAGGAUGCAGCCCGCAUGAUUGCAGAAGCAUUCAAAACCAAAGAGCGAGACUACAUUGAUUUCCUUGUGACAGAAUUUAAUGUGGCCCUUUAGCAGAAGGUGUUGUUCCUUCAUGACUCUCCACCAUCCAUCAAGGGGAUAUGGAUGAAAUGCAAUCCUAGGUACUGAAUCUGGGCUCCAGUCCUUAGAGAUAUAAUCCUUAAAUAUAAUCCUUACAAGGGUGUACAGCAAAUUAGAAUCCCUCACUGAGCCCUGAAUGAACUUCUUGUUGCUCCCUUUUUUCCUUGGACAACAUAGCAUGGUACUGAAGAAGAGCAAAAGAUUUGCUGUAUUAUACUUCCUAGCAGGAAGCAGUGAAGAUUCUAAUUGGACAACUCAAAACCUAUGGGCUUUGUCAGCACUGUGUGUGCAGUGGAUGCACUCAUAGCCUCAGAUAAUAGAACCCAGAGCUGCUUGAAUGCAUGCCUGGAGGACCCUGGAGUUGACCCAGCUCCUAGUUCUCUGUCUAGUUUUCAUCACAUUAUAAAGCUUCUUUGUAAAAGCAGUAUAUGUUUAUGACAAAAAUGACAUCCAAGGGUCUAACUGGCUACCUUAAAGACCUAAAUUAUGAGAUCACAUGUAAAAUUAAUUCAGAUGCAAAAACUCUUCAAGAUUGGAUUGUGAGAGUAGCUUGUACGUGACAUUGCAGUAUCUCUGUGUGCCUAGUAUUAUUUCAUGUGGGAUUCAACAGAAUAUAUUAAUAUGUGGUGCAUAGGCCCACUAACAGGCUUAGUAUAGCCAAGUUCCCAUAAUCCCAGACAAAGAUGAAAUGUGAGCUGUGUGAUGACAUUAGGGGUCCAGUUAGGUGAACAGCUUGACAGGCUUUAUCCAGAAUUCUGAAAAUCAAGAUCAAGGAGUCAUUUAGUUUUCUAGACAAUUCAAUUGAACUAGUGAGGCACUGUACACAUAUGAGCUUUGCGCUGCUUCUGUGGUGUUCCUCAUAACUCUGGAUGCUGGCACUGCCUCCAGGGGAUGUAACUGCUGCUGCCAUUGCACUCUGCAAUAUUUCAGCUCUUAUUUUAUAAUGUCUCACAUCAAUAAAGAUCAGUGAUGUCUAGCUCACUCACUUCCCACCCCCUUCUGUGAAUUUUUUUAAUGUUUUUCUGCGGGCAUCCCCUUGUCUGCAUCGCAAAUGAAGCAGCACUGUAUAUUGCAGACCACAACCCAUGAAAUGGGAGUCCUAUCCUGGCAAGAGCCACCAAUGUGUGUAUCAAAGACACGUCUGGCUGAACUUGCUGGUAAGCAAUUGUGAUUGCAUUCAUUUUUUUUUAUUAUUUUCCCCUCAUAAUCAAGUUUUUCUAAUUCCAGUGCAACUGGAACUACAGUAUAUACUAAUGAGGAGACAUACAUUUAAUAAAGAAGUUACAAAUUAUGUCCAAUGAGUAUAUGGUGAUGCGCUGUACAUGUGAAAUAUACAAUACUCAGGAGGAGACAGCAUAUGAAUGAUGUCUUUGGAGCACACAGUCCUGUAUUAGCAACUUGUAAUAACCAUUUGUAAAGGGGAUAAGUGAGGUGCUUAGAGUGUAAUGUUAUGAUGUUCUAGAAGAGAUCUGUGCAGUUGUUUUGAAUAAAUGGACUGGGAUUGGUGCUCUGAAAAGGCACUAUUUUUACCAUCUUGAAAUAAAUACAAGUUUAGAAGUGCAGGACUACAACAGCUUUCCUAGGAGCACAGGGCACAUUUGAAAGCCACAGUUGGUGCCAAGAGUGCUGCAUGCUGCUAAAGAAACCCCCACCCAACCACACACCGCACCCCCCCCACCACCAUGAAGUGCCUCAUUAUUACUGCCUCCUUUAUUCUUGCAACAUUUCUUUUUGUUUUAGAGCCCCAUCCCCUUUCCAUGCUCUGCUUUGCUGUCCUGUACAGUUUAGUAAGAAGCUUUGUAAACUGCUGAUGUAGUCUUGGCAUUUAUACAGAAUUAGUGCAUUUUAAUUUUCCAAUAAAGAGAACUCGCAA